UGAUUGUAUUUAGGAUCCACUGUGAGUUUACUCUUGUUAGGCCUGUGAUGCUCCCGGUGCAGAAAUGCUUAUAAAUAAAUUAUUUUGGAAUAUUUCUGUCCAGGACUGAUGUAACAUAUUGAGCAACAGCCUUUGUGGAAAAAAUGUCCUACUGUACCAAAGAGAGAGCUUGCUCAGAUUUGGCAAAGCCUCCAGUAAAUGAACCAAGGGAAGCUGAACAGUUUCUAAUGCAGACGCCCCAGGGAAAUCCACUGCUGCUUUCCCACACCCUACAAGAGCUAUUGAGCAAGGAUAGUGUGCAGGUGGAGCUUAUACCUGAGAAGAAGGGCCUUUUUCUGAAACAUGUGGAAUAUGAGGUUUCCAGCAAGCGAUUCAAGUGCUCGGUGUACAGACGCUACAACGACUUUGUGGUGUUCCACGAGAUGCUGCUGCAGAAGUUCCCAUACCGCAUGGUGCCAGCACUGCCCCCAAAGAGGAUGCUGGGAGCUGAUCGUGAGUUCAUAGAAUCGAGGAGGAGAGCGCUGAAGCGAUUUAUAAACCUGGUGGCUCGACAUCCCCCUUUCUCAGAAGAUGUGCUCUUGAAACUCUUCCUGUCCUUCAGUGGCUCAGAUGUACAGAAUAAGCUAAGAGAAUUGGUCCAGGGAGUAGGAGAUGAAUUUGUGACUUGCAGAUUAGCUACCCAGGCCAAGGACUUCCUCCCAGCUGACAUUCAGGCCCAGUUUGCUGCCAGCAGGGAGCUGAUCAGAAAUAUUUAUAACAGCUUUUAUAAGCUCCGGGACCGUGCAGAGAGAAUCGCUUCGCGAGCCAUCGAUAACGCCUCUGACCUCCUCAUAUUUGGGAAGGAGCUAAGUGCUUUGGGCUCAGACACUACUCCACUUCCUUCCUGGGCUGCUUUGAAUAACAACACAUGGGGGACUCUGAAACAAGCCUUGAAGGGUCUGUCUGUUGAAUUUGCACUUCUGGCAGAUAAGGCUGUGCAGCAGGGUAAACAGGAAGAGAAUGAUGUGGUGGAGAAGUUGAACCUUUUCCUGGAUUUACUCCAGUCCUAUAAAGACCUGUGUGAAAGGCAUGAGAAGGGGGUAUUGCACAAGCACCAGAGAGCGUUGCACAAGUACAGCGUUAUGAAGAAGCAGAUGAUGAGUGCCACUGUGCAGAACAAAGAGCCAGAAUCAGUGGAGCAACUGGAGUCUCGGAUUGUGGAGCAAGAAAAUGCGAUCAUAACCAUGGAGCUGCGGAAUUACUUCUCCUUGUACUGCCUGCAUCAGGAGACACAGCUCAUCCACAUCUACCUGCCUCUCACAUCUCACAUUCUGGGGGCCUUUGUCAACUCCCAGAUUCAGGGUCACAAAGAGAUGAGUAAAGUUUGGAAUGAAUUGAAGCCGAAGUUGAGCUGCCUUUUUGUGGGAUCCAGCAGUAUGCCAACUCCGCCACUCUCACCUCCAGAGGGAAAUUUCUUUUCCAAUUAAUGUUCCAAGCAUCCCACAUGGAGCAAGAAGGGCAAUCAACGAAGGGGCUGUGCUCCAGGAUGGU